GAAACGUCAAGAACGGCGCUAAGCAGCAACAUAACUGCCUCAUUUUCAUUGUUGUGGUGGUUUUUGAAGUAUCCUGUUCACUUCUGUUCCUUUAACGAGCGCUACUUAACCGUCCUUUCUUUUCUUUCUGUUGCUAUUUGUGUUCGUGCACUGUACUCAGUUGAUACAUAUGCGUAGAAGCAGGCAAACUCGUUAAACACCAACGUCCAGCCCCUUUUCUCUUCCGUUUAUUUUCUUGUUAUUGCUUUUCCGUGUGUUCCACUCACCGAACACACCCUUCACUCGACUCCUACUGUGCGUAAACACAAGAGAGAGGAGAGCCCAUCAAAGGGAAAAAGGAGAGAGGGAGAGAAGAUGACGUGGAGCUCUGCGAGUGUAGCACGUCUGACGUGCUGCGUUGUGGCGAUGCUGUUGUGCUGGGUCGCCAACGACGCCAUUGCGUUCAGCUUUGGUUUCAUGCGCGACCUCGGCCUGGCGUAUGGCGGACACGAUUCAAUCUCCAUUCUCGCCAGCUCCGUUACCUCCAAGAGCAAAAUCGUGCCGCUGCGGUGGACCGACGUCUUUCCGUGUGUCCUGAACCUCGACGAAACCAUCAUCCCGGUGCACCGUAACAUUGGGCAGGUCCUGACGGGCGACAUGCUCGUCGACUCCGGGAUGAAGGUCAAAGUGAAGGAGGGAAACGAUUGCACGGUCCUGUGCUCUCUGCCCAUGACGGUGGGAGAGGCGGCGAGGCUGGAAAAGCGCAUCCGCGGCCGCUACCGUGCCCAACUUUUUCUCGAUGGCCUGCCCGUGAUGGACAAGUCCCCUGCGACGCACAGCCGCCUGCGCAGUCGCACCGGACUGCCACUCGGCAACAGCAGCACUAUCAACGAUAAAUUGACGACGGUGGUGUACAACCACUUCAAGUUUGUCAUUCACUACUACGUCUCGGGCCUUGAGGCGGACGCGGUUCACAUCGUUCAGUUCGAUGUGGAGCCGAUGAGCAUGGCCCUCCCUCCCCUCCCUGCCGGCGCGGCGUGCGUGCCGCAGGAGAAGCCGCUGCUGCAGACGACAGGAAUGGCCGCCGACAAGAGCAUCACCUUCAGCUACUCGGUGACGUGGGUGCCGACCGACACCCCUUUCACGACGCGCUGGGACGCCUACACCGGGGAGAAUCCGUAUGAGUCGAAGUUGCAUUGGUUCUCCACCAUCAACGUCUUCUUCUUGGUGGUGCUGCUGUCGGUGCUGAUGUGGUACCUCUUUGUGCGGGCGGUGCGGCACGAGAUUUCCACCUACAACGAGGAGGACCUCCUCGGUGAUCGCGAGGACAGCGGGUGGAAGCUCGUCUCCGGCGACGUCUUCCGUCCCCCGCGGGGGGCGGUGGUGCUGUCCGUGCUCGUGGGCAACGGCUUUCAGCUCCUCUCCAUGGCUCUCGCCUCCCUCCUGCUCGCGGUGAUUGGCAUGGUGUCGCGUGGGUCGCGUGGCAUGCUCAUCACACUCCUCAUCGGGUUGUUUGUGUUUUUCGCCGGCGUGAACGGGCUUGUUACGGCGACGCUGAUCAAAUUUUUCCACCGCCGCUCCUGGCAAGCGAUCAUGCUGUCCGCCGUAGCGCUGCCAGGAUUCUUUUUCGCGGUGUACCUGGGGUUGAACUUUAUUCUCCUCGGCAACCACGCCGCCAGCACGCUGCCCUUCACCUCGCUUUUGUACUUGCUCUCCUUGUGGCUGCUCAUCUCCGUCCCGCUGUGCUUCGCCGGUGCGGUGGUGGGCUUCGGUACAACGGUCAGCAUCCCCGUGAAGAUGAACACCAUCCCCCGCACAAUCCCGCCUCAGCCGUGGUACAUGAAGGGCACCGUCUCUUACGUGGUCUUCGGCGUGGUGCCUUUCGUCGCCUCCUACGUGGAGCUGCAGUCCGUCUUUAGCAGCAUGUGGCUCGGUGCGGGGUAUCACAUGUUCGGCUUCCUGACCGUCGCUUUUGGCCUCACACUGGCCAUCGUCGCGCAGAUCUCCAUCCUUUCUACGUACUACCAGCUGCAGCUGCUCAACUACCACUGGGCGUGGCGCUCCUUCUUUGUUUCUGCGUCGUACGGUGUGUGGCUGAUGGCCUACUGCACCUUCUACUACCUCUUCAUCUCCGUGGUGAAGGGCUUCUGGGGGAUGUUGCUGUACUUCGGCUACAUGGCGUUGGCGUGCGUGACGGCGUCGCUCAUCUUCGGUGCGGUGGGCUUCGUUGCCUCGCUGACGUUCGUGCGUAUCGCCUAUUCCAGCAUCAAGGGAGAUUAA